CUACAUAGCAUGUGACUGCAUAAAGGUGUAAUAACGGAACGUUAUCUUCCCUAUACAGGAUGUAAACCGUGGCCUUCGGCUGGGUAAUUGACACAAGAUACAGGACAUGUAGGACUAUAGUGGACUUGGAUAGCAUGACGGAUCGCACUAAGAGACAGCCUAAAAAUAGAUAAAGAGACUUGAAUAGAAGAAAAUGAAAACAGUAGUACUUUGGACCCUUCUUGGGAGUGUUGUCCUAUCUUUUAUAACAGGAUGCUUUGCUACAAGCACCACCACAGUAACACCCGGAACAUCUUCCCCAUCAACAACAUUAUCGUCACUUGCAUCAAGAGCUAGCACUAUUACAGAAACAACCACACUGAAGUCGACAAGCACAAGCACUCUAUCAGCAAAAUCGACGACAGUAUUGAAGACAUCAUUAUCAUCGUCUUCAACACCAACAACAAAUACUAAUACUGCAACACCAACAACAAGUAAUCAAACUACUCCCAUUACAACAAAAUCAAAGUCACUUAGUUCAACAACAUCUGCAGCAUUGACAACAAAACCAACUAUGACGUCAACAAAAUCUACACCAGCCGUAACAACAAACAUAUCUGCAGCAAGUACAUCUAUUAAACCAUCAACGGCACUUAUACCAACAAACGAUGUCUCUACAGCGACAAAAAUACCCACAACACAAUCAACAGUAAUGGAUGCAGACAGAACGACAGAAUCAAACAUUUCAACGGAAUCGGGUACUACAACGACAUCCGACCUGACAGUAACAACUACAAGGGGAUCCUCAGUGAAACCCAGCGGAAAAACAAGUAACCAUGUAACAAAGACUCCGAGUAUUACAAAAUCAACGACUACUUCGUCGACAUCUACACCAACGGUAACAAGAACAGAUGGACCAUCAAUUAAAACCAACGAUACAAAAGAGAAAACAAUUAUAACAAAAGGACACGACCUUUCAUCAACUACUCCAUUUGUUUCCUCUACACAACAAAUGCUUAAUACAUCAACUAAACCAAACCAACCUGGAAACAUUAAUAAACCACAAAAAGCAGGUCAAGGAGCGCUCACGGCUGCUGUGAUAUCCGUUUGCCUGGUCGUGUUUUUUGUACUGUUAGGACUGGCCAUACUCCAUAUAAGAAGAAGGAAAAGCUCAACCAUCAGGCAUCUAAGGUUAACGAACGAUGAUGAUGAUGACUUUAUCUUAGACAUGGAGGACAUCAGGACAAACGAACCUACCUUUACUUACAAUUAAGUCACCGAGCCAGUGUUUCAUAUCUUUGUGACAAUAUGUAGAUCUCUUCGUGACUUUUAGGAUAGAGUUAUGUGCAAAAGCAGAUAGAUCUUUGUAAAAGGAUCAAGUGAUUUUUGGCAGUGUGAAAGAGUAGAUUUCUGUUUGAUAGCAUUGUAUGGGUGCUGUCUGAGAGUAUGAUACUAGGAUAUAAUUCUUU